AUGAUUGAUCGUCCUGAAGGUGCUAAAGAAGGAAAAGGAUCGAGCAAAGUAGGAAAAGGACAAGGCAAAGAAAAGAAAGGAUUGGAAAAAGGAGGGAAAGAAUUGGAAAAAGGAGGGAAAGUAUCGGAAAAAGGAGGGAAAGGAUUGGAAAAAGGAGAGAAAGGAUCGGUAAAAGGAGGGAAAGGAUUGGGAAAAGGGGGCGCUAAGCGUCAUCGCAGAUCUCUUCGAGAUAACAUCCAAGGAAUCACCAAGCCAGCUAUCCGUCGUCUGGCUCGUCGUGGUGGAGUCAAGCGUGUCUCUGGAUUGGUCUAUGAAGAGAUUCGUGAUGUUUUGAAGAUCUUCCUCAAGACCGUUAUCCAUGAUGCUUUCCACUAUACCGAGCACGCUAAACGUAAGACUGUCACCUCCAUGGAUAUCGUCUAUGCAUUGAAACGUCAAGGCCGUAAGAUUUAUGGUUUUGGAAGUUAA